UAGGCGUGGAAGAAUAUUUUGUCCUUCACUGUGGAAUUUUCUGACUCAGAAGUAGGAAAAAUAAAACAGGAUUUCUGGACAAAAGGACAGUCCUGGUUCAUUGUGUUAUGGCAAAAGUCAAGCAGAAACUUUUCUUCAGGACUGAAAACGUGUCUGGAGGCAGAACAGAUGGCGAAUCUGUGAGUUUUGUACAAGGUGGAAGUACAAAACGUCCUGAGAAGGUAAACCGAGUGACCGAGCCGCUUCAAACUCGCAGGAAGUCUCUCAAUGACUCACUAGAAGGAGAUGUCAGAACUUUUUUAGUAAACGAGGCUGAGCUCCACACCUACGAUGACCUGACCAAAGUCAACCCUGUAACCCCAACCACAGUGCUAAAAUGCCUGCAGGCACGUUACAGUGCGUGUGUGUUUUACACCCAUGCUGGCUGUACGCUGGUGGCACUGAACCCCUUCCAGCCCAUCCCUUACCUUUACUCUCUUGACAUGAUGCGCGAGUAUCACUCAGCUUCCCAACCUCAGGACUUCAAGCCGCACAUCUUCAUUGUAGCCGAAGAGGCGUACAGGAAUGUUCAGGGCCAAGUUGAACCUGUCAACCAAUCACUAGUGGUCUCAGGGGAGAGCGGAGCCGGGAAGACGUGGACUUCACGCUGCCUCAUGAAGUAUUACGCCACAGUGGCUGCCUCGUCUCCGAAGUGCCAGCACACGGUGGAGAGGAUAGAGAGACGAGUGCUGGACUCCAACCCCAUUAUGGAAGCCUUUGGCAACGCUUGCACUUUACGCAACAACAACAGCAGCCGCUUCGGAAAGUACAUCCAGCUCCAGCUGAACGGUUCUCAGUUGCUGGUAGGAGCCUCGGUGCAAACGUAUCUCCUAGAGAAGACCAGGGUGGCCUUUCAAGCUCCUAAUGAGAGGAAUUUCCACAUAUUUUAUCAGAUGAUGAAGGGGGCCACAGAAGAACAGAGGCAGGAGUGGGAGAUGCCACAUGAACAGAAGUUUACCUGGUUGCCAAAUGCAGAGAAAACCUUAGAAGAGGAUUGCUUCCAGGAGACAGUUGAAGCCAUGAUCAGCCUUGGCAUUGAAGCACACAAGCGUGCACAGAUUUUCAGGAUCCUGGCAGGUCUUUUGCAGCUGGGGAAUGUGAACUUCAGUCCUGCUCCUGAGUCUGAGCCCUGUGGCCUCGAUCAACAGUCCAAAGGUUUUCUAGAGAAGACGGCAGCCCUGUUACGUGUGCCGGCAGAUGAGCUGCAGGAGUGUGUGAGCGUCCGGACGCUGCGUGCAGGAAAGCAGAGCGCGCUGCUCAAACCCUGUUCACAGAGCGAGUGUGUUGUGCGCAGGGACUGUCUCGCUAAAGUCAUCUACGCACGACUGUUCGAUUGGCUGGUCAGCUUCAUCAACGUCAGCAUGUCCGCAGAUGACUCCAUGUGGUGCAACUUCAUCGGCCUUUUGGAUGUGUAUGGCUUUGAGUGUUUCCUACUGAACAACUUGGAGCAGCUGUGCAUUAACUACGCUAAUGAGAAGCUGCAGCAGCACUUUGUAGCUCACUAUCUGAAGGCGCAGCAGGAAGAAUACGUGUCCGAGGGACUGCAGUGGUCUUUCAUCCGCUACCAGGAUAACCAGAGCUGCCUGGAUCUGAUUGAGGGAAAUCCUACCUGCAUUUUCUCCCUGCUUAAUGAGGAGUGCCGUCUGAACAGGGCCUCCGACGCAAAGCAGUUCCGGGAGCGUUUGCAGAAGGAGCUCUCUGACAACGGCAGUAUGAGCUGGGACAAGUUUAGCAAGCAACCGCAUUUCGUUGUGGCUCAUUACGCAGGCAAAGUUAGCUACCAGAUCGAGGGCAUGAUGGAGAAGAAUAAGGAUCCAGUCCCGCCUGAACUCCUCAGCUUGCUAAAAAAAUCUGUGGAUCCUCUUCUGCAGAGCCUCUUUGCAGACUCCGACACCGACGGAAACCCUCGCGGCCACAGCAGAGUCGUCACCGUCGUCUCCAAAUUCAAGAACUCCUUGGAGAAUUUGAUGAAGAUUCUGCACAGCACCACUCCUCAUUACACACGCUGCAUUAAACCCAACCCCGACUGCAAGCCGCUUACCUUCAAGAAGGAAGAGGUCAUCACCCAGCUGGAGGCAUGUGGAAUAGUGGAGACCAUCCACAUUAGUGCUGCAGGUUUCCCUAUCAGGGUUUCCUAUGACAACUUUGUCCAGCGUUACGGCUUGAUCACCAACACCAGACUCCUGACUCAAGGAGCUGACAAUGAGCCUGAGAUCGCUCUAGGCCCUGCUGUACAAGACAUUCUGAAUGCAGUCCUGAGGACCAAUUCUUCUGCCCCUAACUCCACAUCCAACAACAACAACGUGAUGGUGCAUUGUGGGAAGACCAAAGUGUUCCUGACACAUGCCAUGUUAGAGCUAUUGGAGGAGCAGAGGUACAGAGCACGCUCUCAGAAGGCCUUCUCUAUCCAGUGCUGCUGGCGCAGACACCAACACCGUCAGCGAGCCAUAAGGACAAAGUGUGCCACUUUUAUACAAGCAGUGAUACGGGGCUGGCUGGUCCGGAGAGACGUGAGGAGAUGGCGCAAAGCCGCUACAGUCAUCCAGAAUAAAUGGAGGUUUUGGAGGGCUUUGAUGGACUCCCUGGCUGAGGCGGAGUUGGAUGAUGCUGAGGAUCUGCAAGAGGAAGAAGACGCACGCUCCUUGCUGAUUCAGAGAGGUUCUGUGCCGCUCUCCAGUUUGCCGUAUCCUAUAGCCGUCAGCAGCUUGCCUCUGGGUCUGGCUAUGACCUUCACCCCCGGCGUCACCGUGACUCUGACCACUACAGGUUUCCAUAAGGUCAUGUCCAUCAUGGCCACACUGAAGAUCCCCAUCAGGAACGGAGACUACAAAGUGGAGACCAACCAGUUCAAACACGGUGUGGCCUCCAUCCGGGCACAGCCACAGGGCUCUGUGAAGCUCCACACGCAGAGAUCUCCUCUUCGCUAUGCCGACAUGUACCCAGGAUCCCACACUGACGAAGUGACUGGGUUUAAUCAGAUUCUGCUGGAGAAAUCAUAAAUGUGUGCGUUUCUUACUCCAUACAGUUUCUCCAGGAUGUUGUAGAGAUGUUUUGUGAGGAGUUUCUUUUCCAGAUUUUUGUACAUUUUAAAAACAAAACCAAAAAAUUCUUGAAUUAAGAGAAACUGCAAGCAUAGGAUUCGUCUUCGAAACUCCUCUUUAACGGCUGUACUCAGGUUUGACGGAUGUAAAUGGGAAAGCUUCGGCUGAACGUACAUCGGCUCAAAUUGACAGAAAAUCUGGGGUAACUUUUUUGGGGGUAAAAAUCGCAAGCACCUCUGAAUAUCGUCCUCCUCUGAAUAUUGCCCUGAAUAUCAACCAAAGCCAGCGAUACCCAAAUCAAUGCACCAGCUGCCACAUCUCCUCUACUUCAGGUCUCUGUUUUCCUGUAUAUAUUCCGUCUGUUAUUACGUACGUGCCUUUUUGUAAAUUCCAGUCUGCACACAACCGUAAGCUAUUUUAUACAUAUUUAUUCUGCGAUUAUGAUUCCUGCCUGAGAAAUACAAAUGACUGCUUAUUUGGUUGUGAUCACACUAAUAUUUAUUUGAUUUAUUUGAGAUUCUUCUUAAAGGUAAUAUUGUGGUAAUAGUACACAGUUAAAGAUCCACUCAGUUGUAAAGGAAUCAAACAUGUCUUGACUGAUCAGCUGUUCCUUUAAUUAUUUCAUUUAAGACAUGAUCAAAACACAGAUUUCUAUCAGGAAUUAUAACUUGGAGAAAAGAGGGAACACGAGAUUAACUGGAAACGUAUUGUACUGUUUACUUGAUGUAUGUUUCUGCUUUAUUUAAUGCUCGUUGCACAGACAAACAAAAACACUACUUUUAUAAAGAACAGUAGCAUUUCUGACUAAUGGAAAAUGGAUUUCUAUGUAUUUUUAUUUUAUAUAUAUCUAUUGACUUGCUGGGUUUUUCCCCCCAGGUCCAAGUGUUCAUGAUAUAUUUAUAUCUACAAUGUUUAUGCACUGUAAAUCUGGUACAUUUUGAGUACUUGACAUUGUGAUAUAGAUUCUCAUGCUCAGGAGAAUCUUUUAGACAUUACUUGGCUAAAAUGUUAUUUUGUCCUGUUUCUUAUCCCGACUGUAAACCAGCUAAUAAAUUUGAUACGGCAUGUUGGAUUUGUGGAACUGA